GAGACAAUGACCAGUAUUGUGAGGUAAGUGUCACACCCUGACUCAAUACAAACAAUUACCUACCUACGUACAUACAUACAGUACCUUCCCGUUCAAAGAGUAUUUUAAAGACAGGACACAGAAAGCCAGAGCAGCUGAUAGGAUGGACUCGUGGUGGGAGUUGUGUGCUGUGGUAGUAACAUUGACCUGCAUUGGAAAAGGUGGCCAUGCACAGUUGGAUGUGUGCGGUACAGCUCCUCUCAACACAAAGAUCGUGGGGGGUCAUAAUGCACUGGCGGGGAGCUGGCCAUGGCAGGCCAGUCUGCACAGAUCCAGCAGCCAUUUUUGUGGAGGCUCCCUUGUCAACAAAGACUGGGUCCUGACUGCCGCUCACUGCUUCGCCAGCACCAGCACGUCUGGCCUGCUUGUCUACCUGGGCCGGGAAAAUCAGGAAAGCGUCAACCCCAACGAGGUGUCCCGAACGGUCUCUCAGAUCAUCCGCCACCCCAACUACAACAGUGCAACCAAUGACAAUGACAUCUGUCUGCUGAAGCUCUUGUCAUCCGUCACCUUCACUAACUACAUUCGGCCGGUCUGCCUGGCAGCAGGGGGCAGCACAUACUACAAUGGCACUACUAGCUGGGUCACUGGCUGGGGCAAUAUCAAUAGUGGAGUGUCCCUGCCCUCACCCCAGACCCUACAGGAGGUGGAGCUGCCAGUAGUGGGGAACAGGAAGUGUACCUGUCUCUAUGCUGGAGUGGGUUCAAUCACAGGCAACAUGAUCUGUGCUGGUCUAUUGGCAGGAGGAAAGGAUUCCUGUCAGGGAGACUCAGGGGGGCCGCUAGUGAGCAAAUCGGGCUUAGUCUGGAUCCAGUCUGGUGUUGUGAGUUUCGGAGUUAGCUGUGCUAAACCAAAUUUUCCAGGAGUGUAUGCCAGAGUGUCCCAGUACCAGGCCUGGAUCAAGAGCCAGAUCAGCACUGACCAACCAGGCUUCGUCACCUUCUCCUCCAGUGGGAAUAACUCUGACCUCACUGUUACCUGUGCUGCACUGUCCGGUGGGGCCACACACCUCCUCUCCUUCUCCCUCUCUCUCCUCCUAUCCCUCUCUCCUAUUCUCCUUUCUUUUUAUCUUUUCUUAUAGUGCAUACACUAAAAGUGGAUUCUAUGUCCACUACACUUCUCAUUGUAUGUGAAAGGCACUGUAAUAGUAUGUUAAAACUGUCAACAAUAAGUGAUUGGCUUCAUUCAAUAAGAAUAUGAAUCUACUGAAUCUACUCAUAUUUUCUUAUUGUGAUGUAAGUAAUUAAGUUGGAGAGCAAAUGUAAUUGCGUUAUGCUAUAUAGGAUUACAUUUGGUUGAUCAUCAGAGCUCAGUUCAUGAUUGUUAAGAGAGUAACACAUAGACAUCACACGUGAUGAUUAAAUGGAAAACUAAUUUUAUAAUUA